AUGGAACAAUUGCCGCUACCAACAAGCCUCGCUGAGGUCGAGCAGCUAAUCCGAGCUCUAUAUCAGCCGAAUCCUCCUGAGACCAUCUCCAAAAUCCAGGAGCUGCUACACCGGUUGCAGAGGUCACCAGAGGGUUGGCAGCUCGCCCAAAGCUUGAUUGCGCACCCCGAGGACAACGUCAGGUUCUAUGCUGCUCUCACCCUCAUUGUCAAACUUAACAGAGACAGCUCUGGUUUGAACGAAGAUGAUGCAAAGGGACUCCUCGAAAAUAUUAUCAACUGGGUCAUUCAGUCGGUGGCAGAUGGGACGGCCACAUUUGUGGUCAAAAAGCUAUGCUCCGCUCUCGUCACCUAUUUCAUGCAAUUCUCACAUCUGUGGCCCAGUUGUGUGCGCCAUUUCGCCUACUGCCUGGACCUUGGCCGGGGCACCCCUAUAGAAGGUCUGGACGAUGCCCUCAGUGCCGACAUUCUUGCCAGCAAGCUCGACCGCCCGAAGCUGAGGGUAGCAAUAUGGUUUGCUACGCUUCUUGUCGAGGAGGUUGGCAAGACAGACAUGAACGCACCCAGAUAUAUCCAAGUACAUGGCCGUCUCACCAAGAAUGGCUCCGACGUCACAUGUCUUGUCGCUCGCGGCUUCUCUCCGCCACAGGACAAUCCUGGCCUGAAGAUUCAAGGGGAAGCGCUUAGUUGCUUCCAGGCGUGGAUUCUGUAUGCACAGCGGGCAUCUCCAAUCCCGGAGCUGGUCGUACCGCUGAGGCAGUUGGUCGCCCCAGCCAUGAGCUGCUUCACCGAUGAGGACCUCUAUCAGCCCACCGCUGAAUUGUUCAGCGACGUGCUCUCGAACUACUCCUCAUUCUUCACACAGGAACAAUACGCUGCACUGUCCGCCAUGUUCGAGAGCCCGUGGGCGGCAGAGCGCUACCAGCAGCUCAUCCACGGCAACCACCACGAGGACGGCAUAUCGUUCGGCCUGUUGCUGCUAGCUUAUGGGGACGCCAAGGUGCAGGAGCUCAUGACUAAUACUGACGAACGAUCACAGAGGUUCCUGGGAAGUCUUAGUGGGCUCCUUGCCGCCGACGGGUACCUCAUGGGAGACGAUCUGAUAUUUGUGCCUGCCCUCGAAUUCUGGUCCACAUUUAUUGAGACCAUGAUUGACAAUGCCUUCACCGAGGGCAUUGAGACGAACAGUUGGAGGCCAUAUGCCGAACAGCACCUAAAGACAGUGAUUACGAAUUGCUGGCGCAAGAUUCAAUGGCCUCCUGCCGAGAUUUUCGCGGAAUGGGACUCAACCGAGCGCGUCGCGUUCGGCGACGCUAGAAAGGACGUCUUUGACAUGCUUCAGUCCGUCUUCACUUUAGAAGGCCUGGGCCUGAUAUCUUUCUUUGCUGAUCUGUUUCUCCAAUCACUUGGCACCCAGUCCUGGGCCGAGCUGGAGGCAUCGGCCUUCUGUCUCGGCGCCUUGUCCGAUUGCAUUUCGGAUGACGCCAAGUAUGAUCACGAGCUAAGCAAGGUCUUCGAUUCUCCCUUCUUCCAGCUCCUUGGCCAGGCUCAAGGCCCGAUCCCACUCCGUCUUCGACAGACCGGGUUGGCCCUGAUCGAACGGUACUGCGAGUACUUUGAGCGGCACGCCCAGUACCUUCCUGAUGCCCUUAAUCUGCUCUUCGCCGCCGUCGGUGACUCCGUGCUCGGGGGACCGUCGGCGCGGUCAAUUUCUACCCUGUGCUCCUCGUGUCGCUCCAUCCUUACUGGGGAAGCCGGCGCGUUCAUCAGGCAUUAUCAGAGCAUCCGCAGCGCCCAGGUGCUCGACUCACUCGCUGAAGAGAGGAUUGUUCUUUCCAUUGCUUCCAUAAUUCAAGCCAUCAAAGACGAGUCUCACAGGUUGGAUAUGUUUGGGGAUCUCUACACGAUCCUGAAGAGCGAUUUUGAGCUCGCUAUCCAACUCAAGGCCCAACCCGGUCUCCUGAACCUCUCCCGUCCAGACUUUCUGAGAGGACUGGACCCGCCCAAUCCCCAAUCAGUACCUCCUGUCGAGGAUAUAUCGUUGCAGAUGACGCUGAGGUCCAUGAGAUGUCUCGCCAGCAUGGCCAAGGGCAUGCAGGACGUCAAAGAACACCCGGUCGAUCUGGACAGCGAGCCUCAGACUUACCACACAAGCAGCAGGCUCGCUAGCCUACAAGAGGAUAUCAUGAGGGUUCUUGUUGAGGUUCAGCGAACCUACAGCACCAGCGGCGAGGUCGUGGAGAUCAUCUGCAACAUCCUCCGCGCCGGCUUCUCCGAGACAGAACCGGGGCCCUUCGUCUUUCCUCCGAAUGUCGUGACGAGCUAUUUUGUCCAGCAGCGCUUCGAGACUCCCCGGGUGGGGACUCUACUGAGCACCGCGUGCUCGUUUGUUGGAUCACUCUACCGGGGCCCAAAGGCGUACGUGCCGAGCCAGCUAGCCGAGCUCUUUCCAUGGGUGGUUUCCCUUUUGCAAGCCCUGCCUGAACCCGAGGCGGACACAGAGAUCUCGCAAAACGGCAUCAUCUUCGUCGACAAGGUCAUGUCCAAGUACCCAGAAAUCCUCUUCCACCCGCAGUAUUCCCCUCUUCUCGAGUUCUUCUUCCUCUUUUCCCUCAAGGUACUCGACGGGAAGGAACCCCUUCCCAAAGGUGCAUCCGCUGAGUUUUGGGCAAAUUUCAUCUCCCUCAAACCCUCCUCCCUCUCCCCGCCCAACGGGCCAGCCCUCGGGCAGACCCUCACCUCAGCAAUGUCCCACCUCGGCCCCCUCCUCGCCCGCAGCCUGGUGCACAACAUUGGCGGCAACGCGGCCCGCAGCGAGCUCGACAAGCUGUGUGAGCCCCUCAAGAAGCUUGUCGCGCAGCACCCUGGUGCGCAGGCGUGGCUGGAGCAGGCUGUGGGGGAUAAUAAGGGGAUGAUGAUGAUGCCUUUCCCUGGUCGGGAGAGGGUUUCCAGGGAGGAGAGGUUGCUUUGGUUACGGAGGGUUAUUUCGUUGAGGGGUGCGCGGCAGACCAACCAGGUGGUCAGGGAGUUUUGGCUUGCGUGUAGGGGGUCUAACUUCACCUACGUUUCUUGA